AUGGAUUUCAUGAAACCAGAGACAGUACUCAACUUGAACAACAUUCGUACCUCUCUCGUGCGUAUGGAAGACACCAUUGUCUUUAAUCUCAUUGAAAGAUCCCAGUUCUUUCUGCUGCCCAGUGUGUAUGUCAAAGACAAGUACCCCAUAGAAGGAUAUAGCGGAUCAUUCAUGGAGUGGAUUUUGCUCCAGACGGAAAAAGUUCAUUCCCAGGUGCGUCGUUAUGAAGCUCCUGAUGAAAUUGCAUUCUUUCCUGACCAGCUUCUCAAGCCAUUGCUUCCAUCGUUGAAAUAUCCGCCAGUAUUGGCGCUGUACAGUUCUGAAGUGAACUACAAUCAAGAAAUAUUGGACUUCUACGUUAAACACAUUGUUCCUGAGGUUUCAUGUGGUCAGGGUGACCAAGAGGAGAACUCUGGCUCUGUGUCUGUGUGUGAUGUGGAAUGCUUACAGGCGCUUUCCAGAAGAAUCCAUUUCGGUAAGUUUGUGGCCGAGGCCAAGUACAGAGCGGAUCCUGAAUUGUACGACCGCUUGAUUGCUGCUCGCGACGUUGAAGGCAUUGAAGGCUCCAUCACCAACAGCACCGUGGAGGCCAUGAUCUUGGAGAGAAUCAAGACCAAGUGCGAAACAUUCGGCACAGAUCCCAGCUUGAAAUAUUCGCAGAAACAGCAACUGAAGGUCAAGCCGGAGCUAAUCGUUGGCUUGUACCGAGACUAUGUCAUUCCAUUGACCAAGAAGGUCGAGGUGGACUAUCUUUUACGUAGACUUCCAGACAACAAUUGA